AUGGCCGAGCCCAACAACACACCCUGGCCCCCAGCAACACCACAAUCUCAAACCCCUCUCUCCGCGUCGCCUGUCCUCCACCCCUAUCCUGGCGGUCAAGUAGAACCCAUAACGGCAGCAUCGCAAGCAUCAGCAGCAACAAAAAACGGCACGCAUAAGCCCCGCGUCCUACACAUCGGCGACCCGAUCAAGUACAACCCGGAAACCUACGCCGCCUUUUCCGCGCAAUGCGACAUCAUCCGCCCUUCGACGCCCGAACGACAGCGCCCCGCAUUCGCUGCCGCAUUACGGGACGGCAAGUGGGGCGACUUUUCCGCCAUCUUCCGGCCGUUCUGGGGCACGGGCGGCGAGAUGGGUACGUGGGACGCCGAGCUGAUUCCGCUGCUGCCGGCGAGCUGUCGGGUUUUUGCGAGUGCCGGUGCCGGGUUCGAUUGGGCUGACACGCAACUUCUCGGUGAACGAGGCAUCAUCUAUUGUAACUCAGGCCUCGCCGCCGCCGAAGCAGUAGCAGACUUUGCCGUCGCUCUUGUCGUCUCGACCUUCCGCCAUCUCCCCUGGUGCACGGCAUCCGCCGCAGACCCGUCCGCCUUCCAAGACUGCCACGCUCGCGCCACGGCCGCCUCGCACACCCUUCGCGGUCACGUCCUCGGCCUCGUGGGCAUGGGUAACAUCGGCCAGCAGAUCGCACAGCGUCUCGGCGUCGGUUUUGGUAUGAAAGUACACUACUUUGACGUCGUCCGCAAAGACCCAGUCACCGUGGAAGCCAAGUUUGGCGCGACGUUUCACGAGACGAUGGAGAGCUUGCUGCGCGUCUCGGAUUGUGUUGUGCUGUGCACACCUGCUGGUGGUAAGGUUAUCACUGCUGAGUCAUUGGCUUGGAUCAAGCCUGGGUCGAGGUUUGUGAAUAUCGCAAGGGGUAGCUUGGUUGACGAGGAGGCUUUGGCGGAUGCGUUGGAGUCUGCGCAAAUUGGAUCUGUUGCGUUGGAUGUGCAUGCUGAUGAGCCGAGGCCGCAUCCGCGGUUGCUCAAGAUGGCGGGGACGAAGGCCAUGUUGACAUGUCACAAUGCUGGAGGGACGGUUGAGACGCACAAGGGGUUCGAGGAGUUGAGUAUGAGGAAUAUCAUGGCGGUGUUGGGGGGAGGGCAGCCGAUUACGCCUGUCAAUCUGCAUUAUCUGAAGCAAGCAAUCAUGUUCAUAUCGUGGACUUUGAAUCUAGAGGAGAAGCAAAACAUAUCGAAGCAAAAGCCUGUCUUUCAGGCUUCAAAGGAAGCCCUGACACGACGGAUCCUGCGAAAUAUAAUGGCAAACAUUCAGAAGUGUACUGAGAGCAGCAAUGUGCAAAGCAAUCCAACUGAUUGGAUCGCAAAGCUGCCCGAUCCGAAAACCCACAUUCGCCUGCUCACGAUCCUCCCAGGUCGACAGACAGAGGAACUUCGUUGUACCUGCAGCACUAUCAGACUUGAUGACAGGCCAAAGUACAACGCCCUGUCGUAUGUCUGGGGCAACCGUGAGGCAACGGCUCAAGUAAUUGUGAACGGCGUUCAAGUUACCGUCAACAAGAGUCUGGCAGGAGCUUUGAGACGUAUCCGCCAUGACCAAGAGCCAAUUGUUAUCUGGGCAGAUGCUCUUUGCAUCAACCAGGAUGACGAAGACGAGAAGAAGUAUCAGAUCGAUCUCAUGCAUCGCAUUUAUGGCGAGUGCGAGAAUUGUUUGGUCUGGAUGGGAGACAUAGUAGUGAAAGGGGAUAGCAGCGUCGCAGCGGAACUGGCUGCAAGAGCGGCCUUGAACGCUGUGCGCAUCAUCGCAGGGCAGCCACACGACGAGGAUCUCGGUUGGCCUGGACAGUACCCAAUUGCUACAAGCGUCGCUGGCAAUGUUCUCACCGCCGGGGCAGCAUUACAAUCGAUGAUGGACUGCGAAUGGUGGCAGCGUAUCUGGACAGUCCAGGAAGUCUGUCUGCCUCCGAAAGCCACGGUUCUCUGGGGACCACUCGAGAUCAGCUUCCAAGCAAUCAUGGACGCAGCGAGCCACAUGGUGCAACCAGAUGAGCACCCGCGACGCAACAACAUUGUCGAUCUGUUCCAAGAGGGCACCGCCAUGUACCCAAGGCAUCAUACAAAACCAUACACGAUACCCGUCCUCAGCAUUGCUCAAGCCAGACUCUGGAACCAGUCCAGAACCGACUCCUUGUAUAGACUAUGGCGGUUCCGAGACAGGAGGUCCACAUAUCCGAAAGACAAACUGUUUGGCAUCUGGGCGCUUCUCGACAAGACAUACUUGCCUGAUAUCAGGCCAACGGAUUACGUCCUCGAUAUUGUGGUCUUAUUCUCAAGACUCAUGGUCAGUUUACUGAGAUCUCGAGAUAAUCUCCAGCCUCUUAUUGGCUGGAGAGGGGAAAGAGAGACGGCCGGUCUGCCUACCUGGGUGCUGGAUUUGGCCCAGCCGGAGGACUCCAAUUCCACCAGCGACUUCUGGACACAUGAUAUUGCCUGGAGGCAAUUUCAUGCCAGUAGUGGACUACCACGAUUCAAGCCACUAGUCAAGCAAGUAGAAGAUCUCACAUUGCUCACUUUGGACGGUAUUCGCGUUGACAAAGUGGCUACGAUCUUGAUGGACCUGAGGCACACGCGACAGUCCCUUUGGAGACAGGGAUUUGAAGACGCUAUCAAGAACCAAGCCGGUAAGGACGAUAUCAUGUAUCAAUAUAACAACCUUAUCCAGGGCAAAUUUGGCGAGAAUCGUGAGCGCGUCACGGACGAGUCUUGGCACGGGGGUCCGUGGUGGGAGGACAGGAUGCUCUGUUACCAAGUUCUUUUCAUCACGCAGGAGAAUCGGCUUGGCCUUGGUCCGCCUAAUUUGAAGCCAGAAGACAAUGUUUGGAUUCUUUCGGGCGGGAACCAUCCCUUCUUACUCCGUCAAGUCUCAAAGAGAAGGGGUAAUGCGGAACUAUGGGAGUUCGUCGGGGAUUGCUUCGUUUACGGCAUCAUGUACGGAGAAGCCUCUUCUGGUGGAUUUCAGCUCUCGUCCCUUUGGGACAUAACAUUGGGUAUGAGAUCAAGAUCUCAUAAGACAAUUGUACUUGGCGUCAAGGCUUGCCUUACAAUGCAACAGCUGUGUCAAACAAUAGGCGUCAUUCGCUCGUGCAGCAUCAACGACAGCGUAAUUCUUGCGUUCCGUCUUCUAAACACUGUAUUUUCAGCGGCCGUCUCCCAAUGUCUUCUGAGAGACCUACAGACGAUUGAGAUUGCUGUCAGGCGGCACGUGCGCCAAUGUUGUCACGAGCCUCAGCUCAAAACAGGAGACGGCAUCAUCUUGCGACUCUACAAACUCAUCCAGAACAUACUGACUACUCUGGUACCCUCAUCGGUGCUGACGUCAACUAUCAUGGCCUCCUCAAAGCGCUGGCCGGCGCCCAUCCACGUCUUCUCCUACCGCGCCCUGCUCGUGGUGCCCAUCAUCCUCGCCAUCGCGACCUUCGCGUCGCUCUUCAUCCACUCCGAUGUCAACGUCGCCCUCCUCUACUCACAAUGCGAUGCCCGGGCUCGCCUGCCGGCUGUCAGCAAAGUCCCCGUUCUCGGCCCGCCCGUCUGCUUCGCCAUAAGCUUCUUCCAGAGCGCGCUCGAUUCCAUGCGGACCUUUGCCAGCAUGUCCGCCAUCCUCUCCUUCAUCGCAGGCCUCAUGACCGUUACCACCAUCGAGGCCGCACGCGUCUGUAACGCGCCCAACGUCGUUAUUGCGAACCCCACUGGCCCAUGGCUAGUUUUCAACCUCAUCGGUGGAGCUGUAGUCUGGCAGCUUGUCAUCCUACCCGCCUUUUUCCACCGCUCGCGAUCUAUCCUGCUCGCUCGGAAGAGGGCCGGACAGGAGGCCGUCGAGAGCGCCGCAUCCAAGGAUCCCGACUUUGGCAAGGACUCGCGCCAUCUCGUUGUCGAUGCGGAAAUUAUCGCCAUCCCCGUCAGUGUCGCGUGGGGCUUCAUUCUGCCCUCCCUGCUGAUGCUCAUCUACAACUCCCCGGUCAUCAUCGUUGUCUGGCUCUUCUUUCCCGUCUGGGUGUCACUGAUCCGCCAAGCCGUCAGAUGGGCCGUCUUGCGUGUUCAGAAGCGCCAGCACCGCAGCUUCCACCUCGAGUCUCACACGGUCUCGCUUCUGCUCGUCUACCUCAUCCCCAUUCUUUGCUCCGCAGUCUCUCACGUCUACUUCAUCUGGAGCCUGUUUCAGUGGGACGACAGGAAGGAGAUGACACGUGCUACAGUCAAAUUCGUUGAAAUUGACAUGUUCUUCAUCGGCUUGACUGUCCUGUAUUGGCUCUUCGUUGAGACUGGCUGGAAGGUCCCCUUGGUCGCAGUCCUUGGCGCCAUCCCACUCGGACCGGGUGCCGGUAUUUGUAUCGCAUGGAUAUACCGAGAUACCGAGAUUCGUGAGAGUCUGAAGCAGUGGCUUUCUGAUGUCCAGCAAGUAAAUACAAGCCGACACUCAUUCAUCGCCGCGAUAGCUUCUUUCCCGAGGAGUCUUUACAAUGCCGAAGAGUCCGCCUUGGCCAAGCAUUUCGGCAUCUUGAUCUACAUCGACACUUCGGAAUCACUACUCAACGAAAGAUACACAAGAUGCAAGCCCCCCCAACUCCUGAUGUUCCCCGCCCAAUCCUCAAGCAACGCCUUUCGUCCGGUUAUGAGCGUCGGUAUCUUUGUCUUGGCCAACAUCACACGCACGAUACCGUUGAGAAACAUGGCACUACAGCCACUCUUCGAACUCUUCAUACGUGAAACAGAAUCCUGCGGGGGGAAAACUCACAAAGUGCAUGUUCUCUCUCCGCACGAUACCCCGCGGGGGCCCCAGAUCUGUCCCCGGAUCUUCGUUCAAGGUUCAUUGGCUGGUGUCGAUUGGAUGCCAGGUCUAGAUUUCUGUCUUGGUAUCUGCCACCUCUAUAAAUAUGGAAUCGUGUUGAUAUCUCAGACACAUACCUUCUUCACCAUGGGUUUCGCUUCAGCAAAGGGGACGAACGACCCCCCCGAGGUUCGCAACUGGAGAAUCCACUUCAUUGCUCUCGUUGCGUCCAUGGCGGCCUUGUCCAUGGGCUAUGAUACGGCCGUCAUAGGAGGCACAAUGGCUCUCGACUCCUUCGUCCGCGACUUUGGCAUCGACAAGAUGACCAUCCAAGAAAAGAAUAACUCGUUAGCCAAUAUCGCCUCCAUGUUUCAAGUCGGCGCCUUCUUCGGUGCCCUCCUCACCUUCCCCGUUGCCGAGAAGUACGGUCGCAAGAAGGCCAUCAUGAUGGCGGCUCUCAUCUUCUGUGUAGGCGGAGCCAUGAUGUCCGGAGCCAACGGCGACCUCAAACUUGUCAUCGGUGGCCGCGCCAUCGGCGGCCUUGGUAUCGGCAUGGCUACCAUGACGGUUCCGGUCUACAUCGCUGAGACGUCACCGCCGAGUAUCCGCGGCCGCCUCGUGGGCAUUUUUGAGAUCUUCUCUCAGGGCGGCGGGAUGCUCGGGUUCUGGAUCAACUACGGCACGAGCCGUACUAUCGAAGUUGAGAACGAGGCGCAAUGGAUCGUGCCGCUGGCCUUACAGCUCCUUCCGGCCUUUCUUCUUUUCGUUGGCAUCAUGUUCUGUCCAGAAUCACCCCGUUGGCUGGCUCGAGGUGAUAACUUCGAGGCCGCGGAAAAGGUUCUGGUAUACGUGCGAAGCCUCCCCGCCGAUCAUCCCUAUAUCCAAAGCGAGAUGAGCGAAAUAAGACAACAAGUUGAGGAGCGAAGCACCGUCCGACUCAGCAAGAAGCAACAACUAAAGAAACUCCUUGCUCCUGGCACGAGAAACCGCGUGGGCACUGGGACGUUUCUCAUGUUUCUGCAAAGUUACACAGGUGUCAACAUAAUGACAUACUAUAGCGUUUACGUUUUCGAGACCCUUGGAAUCACUGGAACCAGCAACAAGCUAUUCAGCACCGGAAUCUACGGGAUCGCAAAGAUGUUGGGCAUGAUUCUGUUCGCAGUAUGGGUCAUCGAGGGCCUCGGCCGUCGCAGCGGACUUCUAUGGGGUGCUUUCGUUGGCAGCAUUCCCCUCUGGUAUGUGGGCGGGUAUGUCAUGGUUGCUAAUCCGACCGCCAAAGCAGCGAGCGGUGUCAUUCAACAAGAUGCGUGGGGUUAUCUUGCCAUGGUCUGCAUUUACCUCAACGCCUUCAUCAUCUGCUCCACUAUCCAGGGAAUCACGUGGACAUACGCAUCCGAGAUCUUCCCCUUGGAUAUCAGGAUGCUCUGUGUCGCUAUGUCUACCGCGUGUACGUGGUUGGGCUCCUUCAUUGUCGCGAGAGCCACUCCUUUCAUGAUUACCGACCUCGGGUACGGGACGUUCUUCAUGUUUGGAGGAUUCUUGAUCUUUAUCGGCGUUUGGUCAUUCUUCUUCAUUCCGGAGACAAAAGGUCGCUCGCUGGAGGAUAUGGACAUUCUGUUUUCGCGGCCGACACAUGUGGUUGUUUGGGCACAGCUCAGGGGAAGGCCGAUCCUGUCGACGAAUACUUCAAUGUCGCCCAGAGGAUCUAUGGACAAAGGCGAAGUCAAGGUGGUUGACAUGGCCUACGAUCCCGCCAGGGAUAUUGUCACGAGUUAUGGCACGCAGCAAUGGGCAUACGGAGUGUGGUAA